UUCAUAACACUCCCAGGCGCAGGUGUAGACCAGGCUACCUAUUCAUAUGCUCUGCACUCAUCUUCGAUCAAUACCUACACAUCGAGACCAAGGGGCUUCGGGAGGAAUUACCAGCCGGAGAAUGGUUUCGCAAUGUUAAUUGAUAUUUGGUGCGGUUAUUUUGUUCUCUCUCAUCCAUACUUCCCGAGCGCAAAUGACUUGACAUGGAUUGUGGUCGCAGUUAGGGACUUUAUUUGUGGAAAAUAGAGGAAGAAUUGAACACGAUGACUGACCAGUACAGUAUGUUUCUUACCACCGCUCCCCCUCUGAGAAGAGGAAGCACACCUCUACCAAUCAAGCACCAGCUGAGGCGGGAGGAGGCCGUAUCAGAGGACCGUGAUUGGAUAGCAGGGAUUGACGAACCAUCCACACUGCCAAUCAGUGACACUGUUUGCCAGGAUGAAUCAUUUGGUCAGGCGGCGGAGGGGUAUCAUGGGAGUGCUAUAAGGAUCGUACUACUUGGGCAGAAUGGGGUUGGAAAAUCAUCGCUGGCUCUGUCCCUGGCUGGACUGUCAGACAGAUCUCUGUCGGUGGACUCUGAAACAGCCUGUGGAGAAGGCUACGAGCGCACAGUGUCCGUUGACGAUGAGGAGAGUUCAGUGAUCAUUUAUGACAACUGGAAACAGGACCUGUCCACGCUGCAGUGUGAGGUGGUUGUCCUGGUGUUCUCGGUGACUGACAGGAGGAGUUUCCAGCGCACUGCACAGCUCCGCCUCAUCCUCAGGGAGUCACUGCCCCACACUCCCAUCAUCCUCGUGGGCAACAAGAGUGACCUUGUCCGUUGUCGAGAGAUCAGCACAGAGGAGGCCCACUCCAGUGCCAUGAUAUAUGACUGCCAAUAUCUGGAGCUGUCUGCCUCCCUGGACCACGGUACCACCGAGCUGCUGGAGGGGGCAGUGAAGGCUGCCAGGGGUGACUGUGUGGGGCCAGGCUGGACGGAGGGGGACCCCGGGGCGGGGCGCAGGGAGAGCCUGACCAGCAAGGCCAAGCGCUUCCUGACUGGCCUGGUGCCACGCUCCUACGGCCGAGGAGACAGGGACCGAGGCCAAUACAGGGAGAUGAGCAGACACCGGGGCAGCAAGAUCCUCCGACAGAAAUCACGCUCCUGCCAUGACCUCAGUGCAAUGUGACACACCAGACAGACAGAGAGAGGGGAUGGGAGGUGUGUGAAAAGGGGAAAGAAUGAAGGAGGACAACGGGGGAUGGGAGAUAAGUAAUGGAAGGGGAAAGGAAGAGGAGGAUGGUGAGAAGUGUAGAGGAAGAAAGACUAGUGGAAGAUACACAAAGGAGAGCGAGAGAGAGAGAGAGAGAGCAGAGGACAACCUGGUUAGAAAUGAGGCAGUACCUGAGGGGGAGAGAAUGAAAGAGAGGUGAAGUCAUCGGAAUUGCAAGAUGAGAUGGAUAUGAGACGACUCAUAACGCAAUGAGAGAGAAAAAAACUAUGAAGAGUGAUAUUGGAGAAAGAUUAAUGAAUCAAGUAGGAAAACGGUGAUUGGAAAAUGUGCAAGAUGGAAAAGAAUUGGUCACAAAUUAAUACACCCAAGAGGCAUGUAGUGUCUGAUUAUGUAGAGACUGAUAGAGAUCUAAUGUAGACCUAAUGAUUAUGUAGAGACUGAUAGAGAUCUAAUGUAGACCUAAUGAUUAUGUAGAGACUGAUAAGAUCUUCAAUGUAGACCUAAUGAU